UAUGAGCGUCUAUAAAAAUUGUUAUGUAUAAUUUUUUUAUUAAUUUUUUAAAAAUUAUAUUAUAUUAUAUUAUAUUAAAAAUAACAAAUAAAUUGUUUAUCCUAAAAUUUGAAUUUAUUCCUAGAUAUAGAUUUUAAAAAAUAAAAAAAUCAUAACAUUUUUUUUGUUUUAUCAUUAAGUAACACUUAUAUAAAAUCUAAAUUAGAAAUCUAAAUACCAAAAAUUGAAUAUUAAAAGUGAAAAAAGAGAAAAAAGAAAAAAGAAAAAAAAGGAAUAGAUUUUAUUUAGAAAAUUUAGAAAUUAACCCCAAAACUACCAGCCCUAGUUCGUCCUCCCUCCCUGUCUCCUCCCUGUCUCUCGACUCUCUCUCUCUCCCCUCUCGACUCCGCCGCCGGCGCCGCUGCCCCACGCCGGCCCGUCGCCGCCCACCCUCGCUGCUGCCCCGCGCCCUAGUUCUUCUCUGUUCGAUUGGUCGAGCCCUAGUUCUUCUCUGUUCGGUACAACGCAGCCGUCGCCAUCUCAGGGAGACCGGCGAGCUACGCGACCUAGAGCCCGCCCAUCGUUGCUGGUGGUCCGAGGAUCGGCGAGCCGAUGGUGUUCUACGGCCGGUUCUCUUCUCAACUCCACAUAAUCGAGGCAGGAAAGGGGGAAAGCCCUAAUUCUCCGAUUUGCAAUCGAGAGCGGAUGAGGUUGAUAAUUCUUCGACCUAAAGCCCUUCUCCUCUCUCUACCUCCUCUCUGUGCCGCCUUUGUCUCCGGCAAGCAGCCGCUAGCCGCCACCUUCUCCAGCCUGGCGUCGCCCCCCAUCCCCAUCACCUCUCUUUCGCUUCCACCACCACGAGCAACCUCCGUCGUCGGCUCAGCGCCCACCACCGCUCCAAUCGCACCACCACUGCCCCUGGCCUCUGACUCCGACAACAGUCGCCCUCAUUCUUCAGGUAACAACUAAAUGAAAUUGAAGAGUGCAUUAGGUAGCAAAUUUUAGGGCAUUUUGGACUCGAAU